AUGGGGCCCCCCGUCUCUCUCCUGUGCCGAACAUUGAAUUUUAAUCGACGACUCGUCCAGUGUCUUGAGUCGGUCGUGAUACCGCGCGAUCUCCACGCCCCGAAGCCCGCCCCCAUCCCCUGUCCCCUCUUUCUCCCCUAUUUCCCACAUAACAUGUCCGAAAACACGCAAAGACCUAAGAUGAGAUGCACGUGUAUCCCGUACUGUGCAGCAACGUAUACGGAAUCCAAGAUGGUCGAUAUGACGGGCUCCAGAUACAGAGCUACAUAA